CAAAGCCUGACUCCAUUUCUGUUUUCCUUUGUGAAGACUGGCACACAGCCUUUUAACCGUGCAAUGCUCUUCAAUGUGGGCUUCAAAGAGGCCAUGAAAGACAGUGUCUGGGACUGCGUCAUCUUCCACGACGUGGAUCAUCUACCCGAAAAUGACCGAAACUAUUACGGCUGUGGAGAAAUGCCACGUCAUUUUGCAGCAAAGCUGGAUAAAUACAUGUAUAUUCUUCCAUAUAAAGAGUUUUUUGGUGGUGUAAGUGGACUGACUGUGGAACAAUUCAGAAAGAUCAAUGGUUUUCCUAAUGCCUUCUGGGGAUGGGGAGGAGAAGAUGACGACCUUUGGAAUAGAGUUCACUACGCUGGAUAUAAUGUAACAAGACCAGAGGGAGACUUGGGAAAAUACAAGUCUAUUCCUCAUCACCAUCGAGGUGAAGUCCAGUUUUUAGGACGGUAUAAAUUACUAAGAUAUUCAAAAGAGCGUCAGUACAUCGAUGGAUUGAACAAUUUAAUAUAUACGCCAAAAAUACUGGUUGAUAGGUUGUAUACAAAUAUAUCUGUAAACCUCAUGCCAGAGUUAGCUCCAAUUGAAGACUAUUAAAUAGCUCUCGUGGCAAGACAGACAGACUGCAGUGCCGGCUGGUCAACUUGGAAUAUGCUCUUACUGGAGGUCAGUGAGUGGACGUGUCGCUGUGUGAGAAGAGCCAGCAGCCCUCAGUGUUUACAGCGUGAGAGUAGAGACAUCGCCAUCCUUCUCCGAGACACACCCCCAUGGCGAGCACGGCAGAGACCCGAUGCCCUUGCUGAAAUCUGGAAAGGAAGAGAGCUCCCUACAAAGAGAAAAUUUUUAUACUGAAAUAUAUAAUUUAAUUCAAGAGAAUGCUUUAUUUCUGUUUAAACAUGUUUUGUAUAUAUGUGAUGUAAAUUAAUGUGUUC